CUCCCGCCCGGCCCGGCCCGGGAUGCGCUGAGAGGCCUGGCCUUCCGCUCGCCCACCCGCCGCCGCCGCCAUCGCCGCCUCAGGCUGCUCUCACAACACUCACCGUCUCCGCCAAAGCCUCUCCCCACACAUCGACAACACGGUGGGAGCGCCGAGCGGGCAGCGCCGGCAACCGGCCCGGGACAGGCGGCCAGCGACAGCCAGACUGGCGGAGGGUGCCGGCAAAAUGGCGGCGGAGCCUGUGCAGGGUGAUGGGCGAAGUCACCCAGUGUCGGAGUGUCUAGACUUGUGCCAGAACCUGGAUUUGUCUGACACCAUGGUGCAACAGAGGCUGGAUGAGAUCAAGGAUUCGAUCAAACGAGAGAUACGAAAGGAACUUAAAAUUAAGGAAGGAGCGGAGAACCUCAAGAAAGUCACAACUGAUAAGAAGAAUCUGGCAUAUGUGGAAAAUAUGUUAAAAAAGUCGAACAAAAAACUAGAUGAGCUUCACCAAGAGCUGCAAGAGUUGAACGCGCACAUUGUUGUGAAUGAUCCUGAGCUGGCAGAUUGCCCGCGAACCCCAGAUACUCCUAAUCCUGAGUCUACAAAUCAUAGCCGCAUUGCUGCCUUGAAGAAACAAUUGGACAUUGAGCUGAAAGUGAAGUUGGGAGCUGAGAAUAUGAUCCAGAUGUACUCGAAUGGAUCUUCAAAGGAUAGAAAAUUGUUAGCUGCAGCUCAACAAAUGCUUCAAGAUAGUAAAACAAAAAUAGAAGUUAUAAGGAUGCAAAUUCUUAAAUCUACGCAGACAAGUGAAACGGUAUUUGAAAGUACAGAUGGAAUAGCAUCAAAGCCUGGAAUAAGUCCCCUGGAACUUAGGGUGGAAGAGCUUAGGCAUCACUUCAGAAUAGAAUACGCAGUAGCGGAGGGAGCAAAAAACGUCAUGCGACUCCUUGGCUCUGGAAAGGUUCCUGACAAGAAAGCACUUUCAGAGGCACAAGCACGAUUCAAUGAAUCAAGCCAAAAGUUGGAUCUUUUAAAAUACUCAUUGGAGCAAAGAUUGAGUGAAUUACCGAAAAACCAUCCAAAGUGCAGUAUUAUCAAAGAUGAAUUAUCAAUGGUUUCAUCACCAGCUCUCAGUCCUCGUCACAGUGUGAUUUACCCACAGAAUCAGUACAGCACGUUAUCCAAACCGGCUGCAUUAACUGGUAGCCUGGAAGUUAGGCUCAUGGGAUGUCAAGACCUGCUGGAGACUGUUCCUGGUCGUUCAAAAAACACGUUUGUUCCUUUACCUGGCUGGAGCCCAAAUGAAACCCGAUCCUCCUUCAUAAGCAGAACAAGUAAAAGCAGAAGUGGGAAUAGUCGAUAUCCCAUCAAAACAGAAGACUUGUCCAAUGAGAUUGGAGCAGUACUGAAGCUGGAUAAUACGGUAGUUGGACAGACCAGUUGGAAACCUGUUUGCAAUCAGUCAUGGGAUCAGAAGUUUACGUUAGAGCUCGAUCGGUCCCGUGAACUGGAGAUGUCGGUUUAUUGGCGUGACUGGCGUUCCCUUUGUGCUGUGAAAUUUCUACGUUUAGAAGACUUUCUGGACAAUCAAAGGCAUGGGAUGUGCCUGUAUCUGGAGCCACAAGGCACUCUCUUUGCAGAGGUUACUUUCUACAAUCCAGUCAUCGAAAGGCGACCAAAACUACAAAGGCAAAAGAAGAUUUUUCCAAAACAGCAAGGCAAAACGUUCCUUCGAGCUCCCCAAAUGAAUAUUAAUAUUGCCACAUGGGGACGACUGAUGAGGAAAGCUGUUCCUACAGUAAAUAACUCUGGUACAUUUAGCCCUCCAGCCUCUAUCCCUGCAGCUGUGCCAGCUGUUCCUCACACAGAAAAUACAGAUUCAACUGGAGACCUGCCAGUAGGGAAACUAGAAUUUGAAUCUGAACCACCACUCACACCACCCCGAGCUUCCUCUCUUGGAGAAAAUGGAGCAACCACAACAGAAGUAAGGAUCCCUGAUGGUGUACAGGAAGCACUCUCAACGUUUGAUUUUCUGAACGAUAGGAACAAUAUGGUUUCAAAUGUUGAGAACAAUAUCAUAUCUGUGCCUGUGCUACCCCACCCAGAACUCGACUUUCGAACACUCCCACAGUCCGAAGAUAAGCGAAUACAGCAACGAUUCCAGUUCAGUCUCUUGGACUUCAGGUGUGUUGCUGUGCUUGGCAGGGGACACUUUGGAAAGGUUCUUCUGUCGGAGUAUAAAGUCACUGGUGAAAUGUUUGCGAUCAAAGCCUUGAAGAAAGGAGAUAUUGUAGCUCGUGAUGAGGUAGAUAGCCUUAUGUGUGAGAAGAGAAUUUUUGAGACUGUGAACAAUGUCCGACAUCCAUUUUUGGUCAAUCUCUUUGCCUGUUUUCAGACCAAAGAUCAUGUAUGUUUUGUAAUGGAGUAUGCUCCAGGUGGAGAUUUGAUGAUGCACAUUCAUGCCGAUGUAUUCUCUGAACCCAGGGCUGUGUUUUAUGCUGGUUGCGUGGUCCUUGGUUUGCAGUAUUUACACGAACACAAGAUAGUAUACAGAGAUUUAAAGCUAGAUAACCUGUUGCUGGACAGUGAUGGCUAUGUCAAGAUUGCUGACUUUGGUCUUUGUAAGGAAGGUAUGGGUUUUGGUGAUCGAACGAGCACGUUUUGUGGCACUCCUGAAUUUCUGGCUCCGGAGGUGCUGACCGAGACAUCUUACACGAGGGCAGUGGACUGGUGGGGACUGGGCGUUCUUAUCUAUGAGAUGUUAGUUGGCGAGUCACCUUUUCCUGGAGAUGACGAAGAAGAGGUUUUUGACAGUAUUGUGAAUGAUGAAGUGCGAUAUCCAAGGUUCUUAUCCACAGAUUCCAUCUCCAUCAUGAGACGGCUUCUUAGAAGGAACCCAGAACGGCGACUAGGAGCAAGCGAGAGAGAUGCAGAAGAUGUAAAGAAGCAGACAUUCUUCCGAGCUAUUGAUUGGAAUGCUUUGUUAACGAGGAAAGUAAAACCCCCAUUCCAGCCCACAAUCCAAGAUCGGGAAGACGUCAGCAACUUUGAUGAAGAAUUUACCUCAGAGGCACCAGUUCUUACACCACCCCGGGAACCAAGGAUUCUGGUUGAGGAGGAGCAGGGAAUGUUCAAGGAAUUUGAUUACAUAGCAGAUUGGUGUUAGAUGCGACAAGCAAACUUUCAUGGAGUAGAAACUGUGAAUUCAUAGCUGACUGUAGCUCACAGAGAAGCCCUGAUUGAGACAAAUAACGGAUGAUUCCAGUCUCCGACUGCAGUCUGUGCCAUCUGUAGUCCUCCAAUUUCAUGCUAAAUGAAGCUCUUUGAAAAAACAGUGGCAACGUCAAGCCUUUUUGCCCCUCUGGCCAUCAGGAAAGUUCCCUCCCCUCUGCUGGACGUCACCUUGAUGCGCUCCUUCUGGACAAUGCCAGGAAAUUCCAAUGUAGACUUGCACUGUUCUAUGUGACUGUACUACAGGAACUCUCUUCUUACUAUGACCUGUUCACUUUAUAAAUGAUAGUUGCCUUAAAUUAGGAGAGGGUGUUGUUUAAAGAAAAAAAAAAAAAAAAAUCAUUCCUUGGGCUAAAAUUGAAAAGGACUUUCUCUGCCGUAUUACCACUGCAGUUCGAGGUGCUAACACACUACAGUAUGGUCACUCUGGGCAUAUGGGCAGCUGUCUUGACUGCUGAUAGAAUUACUGUGUUUGACCAAACCACGUGUGCUUUUUAAACAAACUGAUUACCUGGCACAACAUUUGGUCCCAGAUUAUGGAAAAUCUAAUUUGAUGCCUUACCGUAAUACUGUAAAUUUUAAUUGUAUUUAUUGUGUAGAAUUGCAAUAUGCCUUAACUUUGUGAGACAGCACUAAGUGCUUCCAGAGAGAGAGAGAGAGAGAGAGAGAGAAAGAGAGAUCUUUUGCAGGUACUGAAAGCCUACCAAAGCCACUUGCCAAAUAGCAACACCACCUCAUUGUGCUCCUGGAUCUGUAUGUAACAUGGUGGGGCACCGGCCGAUCGGCCCACUAGUUUCAUGAAAAGAAAGUUAGUUUUAUUUUUUAAUGUCUGUUUGUAAGUCUUACUCCUGAAGUGUGAGGAACUAGUCAUCAGUGCGAUCCUUUUCUUUCAUUCACACUCAAACUUUCCGUAACAUGGAUUAUUAAUUACGAUGUACCCGAUCAAAGAACGCAAGAUUUUUUUAUAGUUUGUAACAUUAUCCAGUGGAUCAUUUCAUAUUAUCUGCUGUACAUGACAACCGUACUCUCAGCUUCUAAGUUCUUAUGGAAAUGUAUACAUGCUGUAAGUUUGAUAAUUGUAUUUUAGUUUUAAAGUUCACACAGAUUUUUAUAGUGUUCACAUUUAGUACAUAGUGGCCAUGUAAAAAAAAAAAACCGUGUUCUGAAAAAUAGUCGGUCAAUAUGACUUCUAAGUGUUGGACCAUUACAAUGCAAUGACUCGGCAAAGCUCGACAGACUAUCAAAAGCAGUUUGAUUGUUUUCAAGUGUAAGGAAAAGCUUUUCUGCUAACAGCGGAACCCAUGUCAAAAAACUGCACAUGAAAAAACAGCCACGUAAUUUAAACAUAAGCUACUGUGUUCCAUUCCUCACUUUAUCCUGUCCUUUCUGUCGCAAGAAAGUGACUAUAGCAAUAAACACUGCAAUAUUUGGAACAGCAAAUGUACAUUUUUAGAAAGAACAGUUCAUGUAAAUAAGCAAGAUUAAUUAAUGAAAGUUUUAAAUAGUUUUUUUUAAAAAGAAGUAAAACAGCUAGAAAAUGUCUGUUUCCAAAGUGUAUAGAGAGAAAAAAACCUUUUUUUAAAAAAAGAAAAUGAAAUCAUUAAUGACGUAGAGGGCGGGGGAAAUACAGAGAUAAGCUCAAAAGCACUAAUUUUUAUCUCUGUCCAUUUUUUUAAAAACAAAUCUUUUAGUCUGAUUUUGGUUUAUUAAGAAUAUUUUACAUGAUAUAUUCACUAUAAAGUGGCUGCUCGGGCACUUUGUAAGAAAAUAAGAAAACAUGUUUUGGAAUGGUACACUACUAUGCAUUAACAUUGCAACCGCCCAACAGAAUCUUUAGUUGAGAAACACUGAAAAGGGUUUUGCAGUCAUUACAUAUAAAUGCACAAAAUUAAAACAUUUUAAGUAGGGUAUUUUGUUUUGUGGUCCUCUUUUAUGUGUACCUGCAAUACAGUUCUUAUUUUUUUACUUGA